CAACCCAGAGAGGCAGCAGAUCCGGAUCAGGUCAGCUGGUUUCCUCUGCAGAGAUGAGGGACAGAGAGACACAGGCAGUUCAGCUCAUUUCACACGGAUGUGGAAAUAAAAACCUGCAGAUCUGACGGCGGCUGUGCGUAAAGUUCACCUGUGUGCGUCAGAGCGCACACUCCUCACACACACACACACACACACACACACCCCCACUAACACACGGGAGAGGGAGUGCGCCUGUUCGCUGCUCGUGCCACACUUGUUUUACCUCCAGACCUCCAAACAGGACAGACUGCAGACAUCCACGCGGGCUGUUUACGCGCUACCUUCACGUGCGUAAACGUUUUACGCUUCAUUCCGCGUCUGGAGCGCCCGAGGAGAGACUUCACCGCAACACAGCGCUCUGAACAGUGAUCGACCCCCCCGUUUGCUGAGUGAAGAUGAUUCCUGUCCUGAUCUGUGCUCUCGUCUCUCUGAGUUUAGCACAGAGUGAUUUAGACAUCCUGUUCCCUGAGCUCGAGCACUCCAGAACCAUCUAUGUCCUCGAAAAUGGCCCUAAACUCUCAGUGGCUGCAGAUCAGACGAAGGUCGUUUCAAGAAGAGGAGGAAACGCCACUUUACCAUGCAGGAUCCAAAGAGACCAAUCAUUGGCUCCGAAUCGAAAGAUGAGGAUCAAAUGGACCAAACUGACCUCGGACUACCUGAAAGAGGUGGAUGUUUUUGUUGCUAUGGAUUACCACAAAAGGAGCUAUGGCAGCUUCCACGGACGUGUUCACCUACAAGGCUCCUCCCCCAUGGACGCUUCCCUGGUCAUCACAGAGAUCACCCUGGAGGAUUAUGGGAAAUAUAAAUGUGAAGUUAUCGACGGGCUGGAGGAUGGCACUGUGGUUGUGUCCCUCGACCUUGAAGGUGUUGUAUUCCCUUACUACCCCCGCCUCGGUCGCUACAACCUGAACUUCUAUGAUGCAGAGCGGGCGUGUAGGGACCAGGAUGCCAUUGUGGCGUCCUUUGACCAACUGUAUGAGGCGUGGAGAGGGAAGAUGGACUGGUGUAACGCCGGCUGGCUGAGCGACGGUACCGUCCAGUACCCGAUCAACGUCCCCAGAGAACCCUGUGGAGGGAAGAACACGGUACCCGGCAUAAGGAACUACGGUCUGAGAGACAAAGACAAGAACCACUACGACGUGUUCUGCUUCACCUCCCAUUACAAAGGAAGGUUUUAUUACCUGAUCCAUCCCUCUAAGUUGACCUACGAUGAGGCGGUCAGGGCAUGCCAGAAAGAUGGUGCUCAAAUCGCCAAGGUUGGCCAGAUGUACGCUGCCUGGAAGCUGCUGGGCUACGACCGCUGUGACGCCGGCUGGUUGGCCGACGGUAGUGUCCGUUAUCCCAUCUCCAACCCUCGUCGGCGCUGCAGCCCCACGGAAGCUGCCGUCAGGUUCAACGGCUUCCCUGACAAGAAGCACAAGCUGUACGGAGUCUACUGCUUCAAGGGCCAAAACUGAGCUAGAACAACAACACAAGCUACACAACCUGAACACACAUUGGCAUGUACAAACACACACAUCGACACACUCAUGAGACUCAACAGACUUUCAAACUGUGAUGCUUUUUUUGAUGGAAACCUUCUGACAUUCUUGAGUCAUGUUGUUGUAUUUUGGGACCUGUUACUCCACAAAGGAUAGUUUACACAUAUUCAAGGUCCAUAUUAUUUAA